GGGUCCACGAAGAGUAGUUUUGAACAAAAAGCGUAUAUAUCCUGGGGACCGAUUGCGUGGAAUAUUAUGUUGAUUGAUUCCGUCCAUUACCCAUCAUUCUUCUCCGAUUCUUCCAUCAACCGUCGUCUGAGAAAUGGGUCGAGUCUUUCGAGUAACGUUGGAGGGCAAAAUCUACAGUUGUAAACACUGCAGAACCCAUCUUGCUCUUUGCGAUGAUAUCGUUUCAAAGACCUUCCAGUGCAAGCAUGGAAAGGCUUAUCUCUUCAGUAAGGUCGUAAAUGUGACUGUUGGUGCCAAGGAAGAUAGACUGAUGAUGACUGGGCUGCACACAGUUGCUGACAUUUUCUGCGUCAAAUGUGGAUCAAUUGUUGGAUGGACAUAUGAAACCGCACAUGAUAAGAACCAAAAGUACAAAGAAGGGAAAUCAGUUCUGGAACGGUUGAAGCUUUCUGGUCCUGAAGGAAGCAAUUAUUGGGUUAGUCAUGAAGCACAUAUCGGUGGAAGUGAUCAAGAUGAUUAACCUGCUGCAUUUGAAACAUGUACAUUCUGCCAUCUUCUCUCCUGAUGUUAUUAGUUCAAAUUCAUGGAUUGUUACCUGAAAUUAUCGUAUCACCGUCAAGCGUGUGGCUGUAAUGGUAUUCUGCGCGUCUUAUACCUUAAAGGGGACUCAAAUUGUCACUCGGACGCCAUUCAACGCUUUAAAAAUUUGGAUUGUUUAUCGACUCUAAAAAGUUAUCAAGCAAAUAGUUUGGUAGAUCAAGAAUUGUUGGGAAACAAGUUACCUAUGAUGUCAAAGCUACCCAGAUAUCCAUUGAAAAAGAAUUACUGUUUAUGUUGUUUAUGUUACCCAAAAGUGGAAUGCUCUUCUUAUCUUGUAAUUUGUAUUGAUGGUUUUGGAAGCAAUACCAAUUUACUUCAUUUCAGAUGA